UAGAGAAUUCAUGAAACUUUUUGGUCUGAGUUUGUGUCAGAGAAAAACACAAGCAUGGAGGACACUCGCAAGCCUCCUCUCUCUGUCGACGCUGAUGAGAUUGAAUCAGUAUCUCGCCGGUAUUGUUUCAGAGGUAAUUGGGGCAACCGGAAAAGGAGAUCAACCCGACUUCCGAAGCCGGUGAAAACCAAGGCGUCGGGAUCCCAGAAGAACCCGAAAAGGAAGAGGGAGUCAAAUGAUAAUUCCAACAACACAAAAGAACGGAAACAUGAUAAUCAUGUGGCUCCAAUUCAAAUGAUUGAAAGGAAAUCUGUAACUGUUAAGAAGGGAGCUAAUCUGACUACUGCAGAGGGUGGUUUGAAUAAUAUGGAGAAGAGCAAAUGCAAAGUUGUUAGUACUGUUAGUAAAAUUGUGGGAAGAAAAGCAUUGGAUGAUGUCAGCAAUGUCCAGGGCAAAUCUUCAAGGAAAGUAGUGCAUGAUGGUCCCAAGCUAAUGAAGUACUCUUCGCCGGAGCUAAAAAAUGUGAACCAGGCAGCUACAAGUAUCCCGAAGGAAAAUGCUGGAAUUUCUGACAAGGGCAAAGAAAGGAGUGGAUAUUUAGCAAGCAAUGCUGGUAAGGAAGUAGCACCCCAGGUAAACAAUGGUAGGAACCAUCUUUGGAAGAAUCAAGUGAGUGAUGGCUUCAUCAUAAAGGAUCAAACUAACAUAGAGGCUCAUGCAUUGCCAAGAAAAUCUAUCAGGGUUACAGGUGAAGUCAAGAUUUGUUCCUUACAGCCAACACCAAUUGUGAAUACUACACUCCAGAAUACCCAGGCUCAAAGGACUUCAAAAUCCAAGAAUAUCUCAGAUCUUAACAAACAGAAAUCUGUUGCUGCAAUCUCAUCCAAGAACAAGGAGGAUGCUGUGGCAUCUUCUCUUCCUGAGAAUAUUGCAAUUGUGGUUCCACAUGAAGCUGCUCAAGGACAGCUGUCAUUUGAUGCUGAUGGCAAUCCAAGGACUGUAUCAGAUAUCAUUUCUGGGAGAAAUUUGGAUGGGAGGAGAUCUUAUACAUCUUCCUUGAUGUCACUAGAGAAAUGCGGUGAAGUAGUGAAGCUGGAAACGCUACCAUGUAUUGAUGAUAAUCGCAAUCAACUAGAAGUUACUGAAUAUGUUGAUGAGAUCUAUCAGUACUAUUGGGAUAAGGAGGCACAGAAUCUGUCUUUGACAAAUUACUUGUCGCUUCAGACAAACAUUACAGCUCAUAUGAGAGGUAGAUUGAUCAACUUUUUGUUGGAGGCACAGAAUCUGUCUUUGGCAAAUUACAAGUGGCUUCAGGCAAACGUUGCAGCUCAUAUGAGAGGUGGAUUGAUCAACUUUUUAAUGAAGGCACACUCCAAAUUUAGGUUAAUGGAAGAAACUCUGUAUCUCAUGGUGACAUUGUUAGACAGAUAUCUCUCACAAGCUAUGAUAAAAAAUAAUGAACUGUGGUUGGUUGGUCUUACAAUACUCUGGUUGGCAUCAAAAUAUGAGGAGCGCUUAGGGCAUCAUCUUAGGGUUGAGCAUUUAAUUAGUCACUCAUCUGGGUUUUACACAAGAGACCAAAUACUUGCAAUGGAGUGGCAUGUUCUUAAGCAAUUGAAUUUUCAUCUUAAUGUGGCUACCCCUUAUGUGUUUAUGUUACUGUUUCUCAAGGCUUCUCAGUCAGACACAAAGCUUGAACACCUGGCAUUCUACCUCAUUGAACUCUGCUUAGUUGAAUAUGAAGCUUUGAAGUUUAAGCCCUCAUUGCUCUGUGCAUCAGCUAUCUAUGUUGCAAGGUGUACCCUGCACCUUACUCCAGUUUGGACCCCUCUGCUUCGCAAACACACACACUGUGAAGAAUCACAGUUGAGAGAUUGUGCAGAGAUGAUCUUAAGAUUCCAUAAAACUGCUGGAACAGGACACUUGAGAUUGACAUACCAAAAGUACAUGAUGCCUGUUCUUAGUGGCAUUGCAGCAGUAACAGCUUUAGAUAGGCUUCCUCUUUGAUUUGACACGUGUGGAUAACCUCUCUCUGUAAUUAGAUCAUCAAAACUAAUGAUACUCUGCAUGAGAUUUUCACUUCUAUUUGGAUCUUUUGUACAAUAUUCUGAAAGUUGAGUUGACCACGCCAGUCAUCAGCCGACUAGAGGUAUGAUAAUAGAACAAAUGUCUAACUAGGAUGGAUUGGUAUCUAGUGCCACUGUUAAAGUAUAAUCGUGAGUAAUAUUUCCUAAGGUUAUGUAUAUAA